GAUAUCUGUUAUAUUAUAGUGCUUGUGGCGACCGAAACUCGUUCAUAAUGGCCUUGUUAACGCCAUACUGGGGUUUGGAUGGUAUCCUGAUUCUUUCGUCCCUGAUGGUUGCUGCUUAUCUGUUUAUGACUCGGAAAUUUAAUUACUGGUUGAAACGGGGCGUGAACGAACUUCCACCUACGCCUUUCGUAGGCAACUUUAUGGACUGUCUCCUGUUUAAAAAAUCGGCCCCACAAUUUCUCCAGGAGGUACAUAAUUAUGGCAGAAAUUUGCCUUUGUUGGGUUUCUACAUCUUCGAUAAACCUUACCUGUUAAUUCGCGAUCCGGAACUCGUGAAACACAUCCUAGUGAAAGACUUCGAGUAUUUCGCCGAUAGAUACUCGGCUGCAGAUGAGAAACAUGAUCGUCUUGGAUACGCAAAUAUAUUCAUGAUAAAAAAUCCAGCAUGGAAAUCUCUCAGGCCAAAAGUGACACCAACUUUUACUCCGGGAAAGUUGAAGCAAAUGUUCGAUUUAAUGCUGGCGGUCGCCGACGAUCUUGGAAAGCAUCUCGAAUCGUUGCAUUUAGAGGGCGAUGGAAAAGUAGUCGAGUUCAAAGAAGUUUCCGCGAGUUUCGCCACCGAUUUGAUCGGUAGUAUUGCGUUUGGUAUAAAAGUAGGUUCGUUGGAGAAUCCAAAAGCACCGUUUCGGGAAUGUGGCAGGAAGGUCUUCGAUUUUAAUUUCCAACGUAGCAUGGAAUUCCUUAUCAUAUUCUUCUUCCCUGGAUUAAUCAAGUUUCUCAGGCCGAUGUUCUUUGGAAAAGAAGCGACUAACUACCUCCGAUCUCUUUUCUGGAAUGUGAUUGAACAAAGAGUCGAGUCGGGUCAAAAGAGGAAUGAUGUCAUCGAUAUGAUGAUCAAGAUGAGGGAGAUAUACAAGAACGACAAAAGUCUAAAGGAUUACAAAUUCGAUGGUGACGAUUUAGUAUCACAAGCUGCCAUAUUUUAUAUCGGUGGUUCCGAAACAUCUUCUAGUGCCAUGUCUUUCACACUGCACGAACUUGCAGUGAACCCAGAUGUACAGAAGACACUCAGGGCAGAGAUUCACGACGCUCUGGCGAAAACUGAUGGCAAAAUCACAUACGAUAUGAUUACGACGUUACCAUACCUCGAUAUGGUAAUUUCAGAAACCCUUCGUAAAUAUCCACCUGUAGGAUACCUGGAUCGAAUUGCUCUUGCCGAUUACAAAGUUCCCAAUUCCGAUUUGGUGCUAGAGAAAGGUACUCCAAUAUUCAUUUCUCUGUUGGGUUUGCACUACGAUCCGCAAUACUAUCCAAAUCCGGAAAAAUACGAUCCACUCCGAUUUUCUGAAGAAACCAAACGUACCAGGCCAAGUUUCGUCUACAUGCCCUUUGGUGAGGGUCCCCGCUUCUGCCUUGGUAUGCGAUUGGGACUCAUGAAAGCCAAACUUGGAGUCGUACAGAUAUUGAAGGACUAUGAACUUUCACCUUGUGAGAACACAAAAACCCCAGUUGUCCUAGAUCCCAAUUCAAUCGUCACGGCAUCUUUGGGAGGAGUGGAACUCAACAUUAGAAAAAUUACCACUGCUGCUGAUUAGACGAAGCUAAAGUUUUACGAAUCGCGUUAUGCAUAUCUAUUUUCUGCUUUCUUAGUGAUAACUUAGAUAUAUUUUACUAUUAAUGAAGUGGAAGAAAUAUCAUACCUAUUUCUUCCGUAGGAGAAAUAAAUAUUUAGAUGUUAAAUAUACUUUAGAAUCGUAAUUCUAAAUGUCCGAAAAUUGUGAUUUCAAAUACUUGAUAAUAAAGAAACUUAUUUAGUGUUAAAUAAUAUUAAAUAGUACGAAAUUUUAUAUAAUGACUUUAUUUAUUUGAUGAAUUUAUUUAUAGUGAUUGAAGUAGGAAAACGAU